GCUGCGCCGUUUGUUCCCACUGGCGCAGAAGAAGCGAUCGGACACGUUCGUCUUUGGUCUUGUCUCUCCGUGUCUCCGAGUCUCUGCUCAUCCGAUGGGUCCGUGCGCGCUGCUGCUGUGCUCGGUGUUCGGACUUCUCCUGGGACAAGGUGCCGGGCAGAUCUCCACAGAGGACUGCUGUAAAGAUGGCCGAAAGCGGGGCAAUGACAACCAAGACUGUGCGUCCCUCCCUCUCAUCUCGGAGUCAAUCACGUGCAGGAUCGUGCAGGAGCAGUGCUGUGUAACAGUGCUCCAGGAUAACAUGUGCAACACUGGUAUCAACGUGGCCAAAGACCAAGGAGCCUGCGAUGCGUUGUUCACCAACACCUGCGAGACCAAGACAACAAAGAUGUGCUGCGACUGUUGUCUUUUGGGGAUGGCGACCCAGGCCAAGAAUCUACCCUGUGACCACGACCUGUCUGUGGGCUACCAGUGUAGCCUGGUAUCCCGCGCCUGCUGCUCAGAUGGAGCCCCAGAAGAACCGACCACAGACGCUCCAAAAACUGAAUUAGCAAACGAUGAAAACACCAGUAAUGGAGAUUCACAAUUAAGGGACCAGUGCAAAGGGAAAUGUGCUCAUGAAUGUGUGGGAAAUGGCACUUGUACCUGCUUCAAAGGCUACAAACUCAAGCCAGAUGCAAAGAGCUGUGAGGAUAUCAACGAGUGUUUGUUGGGAGCUAGCAACUGCCGCGGAGGAGAGCGUUGUAUCAACACACAGGGUUCUUUCCGCUGCCAGAGAGAGGUCAGCUGUGGUACCGGUUAUGAACUCACUGACGACAACAACUGCAAAGACAUCGAUGAGUGUGAGACUGACAUCCAUAACUGCGGCCCGGGGUUAGAGUGCCAAAACACCCAGGGGUCCUUCCGUUGCCCCCCCAAGGUGAAGUGUGGGUCCGGCUUCAUCCAGGACGCCCUCGGCAACUGCAUCGACAUCAAUGAAUGCAUAAGCCAGACGGGCCCCUGCCACCGCGGGCAGAUCUGCAUCAACACCGUCGGCUCCUACAGCUGCCAGAGGAACUCCGUCAACUGUGGUCGAGGAUACCACUUGAAUGAGGAAGGCACGCGAUGCGUCGAUAUCGACGAGUGUAAAGGCCCCGAAAAGGUCUGUGCAGGUCACGGUUGCAUCAACCUGAUAGGCUCGUACCGCUGCGAGUGUGAAGCCGGCUACGUCUUCAACAGCAUCACUCGUCUCUGUGAGGAUAUCAAUGAAUGCAGGCACUACCCCGGCCGCCUGUGUGCUCAUAAGUGCGACAACAUUCUGGGAUCCUACAAGUGUAGCUGCACCACCGGCUUCAAGUUAGCCGCUGACAACAGGAACUGUGACGAUUUGAAUGAGUGCGAGAGCAACCCGUGCAGUCAGGAGUGCGCCAACGUGUACGGCUCCUACCAGUGCUACUGUCGCCGUGGCUACCAGCUCAGUGAUAUGGAUGGCAUGACCUGUGAAGAUAUAGAUGAGUGUGCCUUGCCGACUGGGGGUCAUAUUUGCUCUUAUCGCUGUCUCAACACCCCGGGCAGCUUCCACUGCUCCUGUCCGGUCAGUGGCUACACCGUGGCACCCAAUGGGCGCAGCUGCCAGGAUGUUGAUGAAUGUGUUGCAGGAACACACACAUGCACGGUGAAUCAGAGCUGCUUUAACGUGCAGGGGGGAUUCAGAUGCUUGUCCUUCGAUUGUCCAAACAACUAUCGGCACGUUGGAGAGACUCGAUGUGAACGCUUGCUUUGCAAUGAUUCUGUCGAGUGCCUGGCCAUGCCCCUGAGAAUAACCUACUACCACCUCACCUUCCCCACCAACAUUCCCGUCUUCACCAACAUCUUCCGCAUGGGCCCCACUCACACCGUGGCCGGCGAUGACAUCCAGAUUGUUAUCACCAGCGGCAACGAGGGCGGGUUCUUCCUGACGGAGCAGGUGCCCACCGGCGGCGUGAUGUCGGUGGCGAAGCUCAUCAACAAGCCGCAGGACUUUGAGUUGUCUCUGGAGCUGAGGCUGCGUCGCUACGGCACGCUCAGCACAUACCUGGCUAAAGUGCUGGUGUUUGUUACCCAGGAGGAGCCCAGACUGCCGUAUAAGCCCUUACUAGAAUAGACAACAAACACAGGAAGUAACUGCACUCUUAAAAAGGAUGUGCCAUUUUAUUUAAAACGUUGCAUUGUUGAGAAAACCGAAAAAAGGUCAAUCCGCUAAACAAGAUUCAUGCAAGAUGUUGAUGCAGUGCAACUUUAUGUGGCAUGCCGCAUGCAUGUAUCCUGAGAAAUAUACAAAUAUAUAUUAUGGUUUACAAAUAAUGAUCGUUAGAAGAGUUAAAUUCAUCACUGCUAAAGAUCUUUCUUCAAAUGAAUAGGGUUACGGCAUGUCUACAAAUACUGGUAUACUGCAUUGACUCAUGGCCUGAUGACGCAGCGUUGGGGUCGUCCAGUUAAAAUGAACUGGCCCCCCACGGCAUCAUGUGGCCCUUCCUACAGUAUCUGUGCAUUAUCACAUUUUUCUAUGCAAUGAGACUCUAAAAGGCAGCCGGGGCUUCAGAUAUAGUCUGAUAGAGUUAUUACCCCUUUAAACACUGUAAACAUUAUUCUGAAUUUUUCCUUCUUAGAGGUCAUGUGUUAGCCGCUAGGUGGCGUUCUAGGUCAGGAUAAAUCAUAAAAUGGUAACGACCCAAGUCUGCCUUUAACUAAGUGUAAUUUGAGGAUGGUUGCAUGAUAAAGUCUGACAUUUUGGAGUAUUUCAUGGUUUAUGUCUUGGAUGAACAGUUUUCUAUUAAAAUUGAAAUAGGAAUAACACAUGUUCAAGUCAAAUACAGUUCUUGAUAAUGGUGCAUUGUGCGGUUUUAAUCAAAUACAGCAAAGGGAGCAGCUGGAAUGUGAGGCCAAAUCACAGAUGGAGGCUUUGCGACUUCCUCACAUAGUUUCAUAGUUACUAUUAUUUACUAUUUAACAUAGCCAACUAGAUGUGUCUAUAGACAAGAUAUUUUAAGACUAAUGAAACAACUGUUUAUUAGUUAUUUUUGUCUUGAUUUUUGAUUUCAAAGCUUUCCUGCAUCAGUAACCUUUGGAAGCCAAGACGCAAAACUCUUGUGUUAUAAAUCAGCCAAGAAACAAUACAAGUCAAAUAUCCCAUCGAUAAAUCAAACCCUUCAGUUAUCUGAGCCUUUUUGUCCAACGUUACUAUUUAUUAAGUCCAUAAAGUAAUUCUUCACCUCCAAAGAGCCAGACCUUUCCUUUGAAUGCAUUGUUACUUCCAUUUCCCAAACAUCAGUUACCUUGCACCGCAAAUAUGUCUUUCUGUGACACUUAUUUUCAUGCACAUCUCUUUAGCUCCCAUUGUAGGCUUAAUGUGAAAUGCACAGAUUUCCACUGCAUACCGCGGGUGUAAACCCCAAAGCAGACAGAUAAUCCAAGUGAAGGCUGAGUAAGUGACACGCGAUGGGAUGCAGUGGCAACGGAGAGGGAAAUGUGCACCAGCAGGAGCGAGUAUAAAUAGUUUGACAUGCUGUGAGGCUGCUGCCCCGGGGGCUGCGCCUCAUAAUAACUGUAAAUUCAGAUGUCCCAGGUUCCUCCUGAGCUGUUAGGCCAGUAAGGAUGCACUUGGUCCCUAUUGGGGAUAUCCUUAAAAUAAGAACAUCGUGGUGCGCAGAAGGUUUUUUCCUCCCCUUUGACAUUGAGUUAUGGGGCUCUGGGCUCUGGCCGGUGGUCUGAACAAUUUGUGGCGCAGCAACAUCACCGCGCACAGAAUGAAUGAUGCCCGGCAGUGUUUGUGUUGGGUCGUUAUCAAUGUGCCGACUAUAAAUAAUAAUUACCAAAAAAAAUAAAAGGCCCUAAGCUUGACCAGAGGA